AGUGACAUCCCUAAAUCUGUUGUUUAAUUAGUACUCUUUGAUUAUCAUCGAAAAAUGGGAGACAGCACAAUGACAUGUGUAGACAUUCUUUUGGCAAUCAUCUUGCCUCCUCUUGGGGUUUUCCUCAAAUUUGGCUGCAAGGUGGAGUUCUGGAUCUGUGUUUUGUUGACUCUUUUUGGAUGGCUACCUGGUAUUGUCUAUGCUGUUUGGGUCUUGACCAAGUGAGAAAAAAGGUGAAUAUGUGAUGAAGCCCAUAACUAAGUCACUUUAUUUCCACCUAAUGGAGUAUUAUCUAGCUGUUGUUUUAUUUAUUCUUGGAUGUAUUUUUUUUCUAAGUUUAUCCCCUCCUUUUUCUUUAUUGGCUACUAUUCUCUCUUGUGUAUUCCAUCUUGGAUAGAGUGUUGGUUGUGUACUUCCAUUCUGUUAUUUUAAUUGAAUAUACCAAUAAUUGUCAGUA